AUGAAAACAGAAAAUAAUGAGGAUACAAAAAACAGAGAUAAAAAUCUUAAUUUAAUAGGUGAUUGUAUAGAAACAGUUUAUAAAACCAUAAACAUGUCAAAUAAACACUUGCCUAUAAAUGACUUAAAAAGGAUUAUAGACAAUAAAACAAAACCAGAAGAAUUUGAAAUAGUAAAAACAAUAGCAAAAGGAGGAUACGGGGAAGUAUUUCUGGUUCGUAAAGAUAAAAUUUAUGCCAUGAAACGUGUUUCUAAAGAUGUUAUAUUAAAACAACCCAAUACAGCACUUUUUAUGGCAGAAAAAGCCCUUCUUGUAGAUUCUAUAGGGUCUGAAUGGCUUGUAUCUGCUGAAAUGACUCUGCAAGAUGAUGAUUAUUUAUAUUAUCUUAUGGAUUUUAUUCCUGGUGGUGAUUUUAUGGGACUGUUAAGUAAAGAAGAUGUGCUUGAAGAAGAAUGGGUAAGAUUUUAUGUAGUAGAACUUGUAGCAGCACUAGAUGAACUUCAUAAGUUGGGAUGGAUACAUAGGGAUUUGAAACCUGAUAAUAUUUUAAUAGGAAAAGAUGGACAUAUAAAAUUGGCUGAUUUUGGAAGUAGCAUAAAGAUGGUAGAUGGAAAGGCUAGAUCAUCCUUUGUAGUUGGAACACCUGAUUACGUAUCACCUGACAUUCUAGAAAGUGGUAAUUUAGAAAAUGAUUAUUCAGAGGAUAUAGAUUUCUGGACAUUGGGUGUAAUUAUCUAUGAGAUGUUAUUUGGUGCUACACCUUUUUAUUCCCUUACUUUAGUUGAGACUUAUAGAAAAAUUACAGAUGUUUCUUACACCUUUCCAUUUAAAAUAUCAGAAGAUAUAAAAGAUUUAAUUACAAAAUUAAUGUGUAAAAAAGAUAAAAGAAUAGGAAUUAAAGAAAUAAAAGGUCAUGUAUUUUUUAAAGAUGUAGAUUGGAAUAAUGUAAAAGGCAUGGUACCACCUUUUAUACCGGAAAUUAAUAAUGAACUUGAUACUUCAAAUUUUAUUGAUACUUAUUUUGAGGCGGAUAACAAAAAAUUAGAAAAAAUUAAUUAUAUUGAUUUUGUAGGAUUUACUUUUGAUCCGAAAAUGAGUGAUGCAGUAGAAAAAACAAUACAAAAUAGCGGAUUAUCUGAAAAAGAUAAUUGUGUAUUUGUAAAACAUAACGAAUUAUCUGAGAAAAAUAAUGGAUCAUAUGAAAAAAAUAACGAAUUAUCUGAGAAAAAUAACAAUAUAAUAAAUAAAAGUAACGAAUUUUCUGAAAAAGAUGUAUUUGUUGAAACUAUUGAAGUAAAAAAAAGAGAAUUAAAAAAUAUAGAAAUACAAAUUAAAGAUGUUAAUAAACAAUAUUCUGAUAAAAUAUCAGAAUACAAAAAUUUAAUGAGUAAAGUUAUUUCAGAAAGAGAAGAAUUUUAUAGCAUUGAAAAUGAAUUACAAGUUAAAAGAGAAGAAUUAGACAUGUUAGAUAAAGAAAUUAAAGAAAGAAAAAGUUCUUUGGAAGAAUAUUUUAAAAAUAUAAAAAUUACUGAAGAUAACAAUUUUAAAAUUAAAUUUCAGGAAAACAGUUUUGAUUUUAGUAAAUUAAAUUUACACAUAAAUGAUAUUAAGACACAAUAUAUUUUGUGUACAAAUCAAUAUAAAAAUAUAGAGGUAAAUUAUAAUAAUCUUAAGAAUUAUAUAAAAAAUUUAAGAGACGAAAAUAUAAAAUUUAAAAAAAUGGGUGUUGACAAUUUAAAAAGACAACUGCGUAUUUUAACUACAGAAGUAAAAGAAUAUCAGCAAAAAUGUGAACAAGAAGUUUUUAUGAGAAAACAAUUAGAAGAAGAAUUAAAAAGUAUUAAAGCUAAAAAAAUUGAUACUAAACCUAUUUCAUAUAAUCAUGAAUUUGUUUGUUCUUUAAUUAAAGAUAAUCAAAAGAUCUCUUCUAUAAUAAGUAUUGUUAAUGAAUUAUUUUAUUUAAAUGACAGAUCAUGUUAUAUUGGUAAUGUUUAUGUACAAGAACUAAAAAAUAAUGAAUUGUAUCAUGAAUCAUACAAAAAUAGAUCUUUAAUACUUAAAUUAAUUUUUAUUAAAGAAUCAGUAAAAUCAAUAAGUUCGUCAGGAAGAAGAAGUCUUAAAUCUUUAGAAGAAGAUUAUAAAGUUGAGCUUAGCAUGAAAGUAGGUCUAGAAAACAUGAUGCCUUUGUUACAAGGUAAGCAACUUGACGAAGCUAGACUUCAGUACGAAGGAACUCUUAAGAAAAUAUCUCAAUUAGAAAGAGAAAUAGAUAUAGCACGAAAAGACACACUUUCUCAACAAGAGGUAGAAGAUCCAGAUCCUAUAAAAUUAUAUGAAUUUAAUAAUCAUCUUUUUUCUACUAAGACCUUUCCUCCUGGUACAUUGUGUGAGCAUUGUAAUGAAGUGUUGUACGGUGUUUGUGAUCAAGGAUUUGAAUGUAAAGAUUGUAAAAUGGUUGUACAUAAAGCGUGUUAUAUUUUAGGGAAUGUAUCUUGUGAGACAUAUAAUGCUUUUAAGAAAGGAGAUUGUUAUUAUGUUUUAAUGCGUAGUAUAGAAGAAAAGGAAAGGUUAUUAGAUGUAUAUAAAAAAUAUUAA